UAAUUAAUUGCUAACAGCUUGUAACCUCAGCUAACUGUCAGUAAUAAACGUGAAGAUAGCGUCAGUCACUAUUUCAUGUUUAUUGAAUUCGGGGCAUUUGAGGCAAGGCUUAUGUCUUUGCUUAAUCUAACUGUAUAGCUAUUCAUUUCUCAGUGAACAUAAUGUUCUAGAGUUAGCGUUAGCUUGUUGACUAAAGGCACAUCCCACCUGAACUCAAUUCAGUUCAUAAACACAUGACGACAGCGUGGCUGAUAUUUUACUGAAGCCGUUAAACACCGGGUGCAUUAAAGCUGACACACACAGACGCACAGUCCUAUAUUAGCUCACUUCACAGGGAGAGUGAACAAACGCAUUUGGUAGCCAAGUUAGCUGGAAGAGCGCAUAGAAAUGCAGUCUGUGGUAAAACAAAACCUCCAUGCUGAGACCGAAGGAGACAUCAACAAACUCAUCAACCUGAAGCUCAAUGCAUCCUAUGCCUACCUUUCUCUGGGGAUGUAUUUUGACAGGGAUGAUGUUGCCCUGCCUAAAUUCUCCACGUUUUUCCUGGAGCGCUCCAUAAAAGAGAGGGAUCAGGCUGAGAAGCUGCUGGAAUAUCAGAACAUGAGAGGCGGCCGGAUUUUGCUUCAGACUAUUGCUAAACCAAGCAGAGAGGAUUGGAGAGGGGGUCUGGAUGCAAUGUCCUUUUCCCUGGACUACCAGAAGGUUCUCAACACUUGUGUCCUUGAUGUGCACCGCAGAGCUGGCUCCCAUACUGACCCUCAUCUGUGUGACUUCCUCGAAUCGCACUUCCUCCCAGACAGCCACGACACCAUCAAGAAGCUGGGCGAUUACAUUGGCAGUCUGACCCGCAUCACUGCAUCUGAGACACACGGUGCAAUGGGAGAAUACCUCUUUGAUAAACACACACUGUAAAGGUCAAACCAUUCAGUGAAGUAUGCUUGUCAUUUUAAAUGAUCCAUAGUGUCAAGAGAGCAGAAGUCUCUCAACAGUGCAUUUUUCUCCGUUAAGAAAACUUCAAUAUUUUCAGAUUAGCAAAAAUGUAAUUCUUGUACAAAUGGCACAAGAUAAGAUCAAAGCUAAAAAACAGAAAUACCUCAUUUUGUCAUGAAAACCACACCUGAAAAAUGUUCUCAAUAAUAUGGUGCUAAAACUGAUAUUUUUCUCCAGCUGUUAAAAAUACUCAAUCCUUUUAGAUUCAUUUAUAUCAUGUGUCAUGCAUUCCAGUGUCAGAGGUUUAUCCUUCACAAUAUUUCCAUACUAUGUUGAACUAAUUAGAAAGUGUUUGGAAAAAAUCAUUGAACCGUUGAAUAAAGCCAGAUUAUGAUGACA